GCCUGCCUCGCUCUAGGCCGAACCUAUCGCUGAAUAGGCUCAACCAAACUUUUCAAAGUAUGGGACAACGAUGACAUAAUGCGCAAACACUUCAAUUUAGCUUUGCUUUGAUCCGAGACCGCAAGAAUCAAGAUUCUUCGCGCGACGUUCUUCCCAACCCCACGACAUCUAUACAUACCCAAGCCGUUUUGAUCACAAUCAGCGCAAUGUCCAGCAGCGACUCCGACUCCUGGAGCAUCAUCUCAGGAGGCUGGUCUGACAAUGAGAGCAACAAGUCGGAUGAUGAAGGGUUCACAAGGGUAAAUUCUGACGCCAACAGUCGGAGAAAUUUUCAAGCUCCGAGCCCAGCAAGGAAGGAGCUGGCUCCACGAGCACUGCUCUCAGAAGAUGAGUCGAACACAGAACAACAAUCAACUCCAAAGAAGUCUCCAAGAAUCAUCGAGGGCUCUUUGAAUCAAGCAUUCCCGCCAUCUACUGCUGCUUUGAGCACUGCCAAUCCAAGCUCUAGCAUUAUUCAGAGUUCCAAUGGAGACUCGCAAGUCGAUAGUCUUAAGAGAAAGUAUGGUCGAGGCUUCGUGGUCCCGCUUUGGCAGGACAUGGACCCCCAGAAACGAAAAUUAGCAGGUCUGGAGAGAACGAACCCUCAAUUUGUGGAAGAGAAAACUGUAGGAGGAAGAGGGAUCAAGACAAAUCAACCCAGUCCUCCAGAGACCAACUUCCAUGCUCCCCAGGGCAACCAGGCCUCAACUCGGGCCCCCAAUAAUUCCAUUGUCGAUUUCUUCCAUGGAAGCUCUGAUAGCGAAAGUCGGGCCUCCAAUCGACGUGGCGCCGCCCAGGUUCCUGAUAGUAUCUCGUCUAUAACAAAGGGUCUCAAUCAGGUCCGACUGGAAGAUCGAAAUACCGAUCCACUCAAAGAGCUCGUUCCUCAAGUCUCUGAUUCCAGUGGAUCUCAAACAAUCAGCGUUUACGAUUCUCCAUCUGGACAAGGGAAACCAUCUGCGGUAGGCUCAGACGCUUUGUCUCAAAUUCCAAAGAUCGUGGGACCAUCAGGUCAGGCUACUGCUCCUCGUAGGCCAACACCCACCGAACUGAGACAGAUGCAACCGCAAUUGCCAUGUCACACCUCCGUGUAUCCGAAAAAUAUGCCUUUCUCAAACGGCCCACAGCCGCGUCCACCUUGGGAUAGUGAUCGGUCGAAUCUCUAUUAUCCCUGGUAUUUUUUCAGAGAAACGAAUGUUUCGACCACGGAUAGAAACCCCGCCGUAUCUCCGGACCCGUUAGGAUGUAAAGUCUUGCUUAGUCACAAGCCGCUGAAGAGGGUUUUUACCACUCGACCUUCUCAGCACGCGACUGUUGAGAGCGAUACAGAAGGAUGA